AUGUUUCCCUCGACAACUCUUUUGAAAGAAAUUGUCAGCAUGCCGUUCAAGCGAUCCCAGCUUGGACUUUUUCAUGGCAAGACGAAACAAUACGGAAACAACGUCCCCUUUUCCAAGAAGAAGACACGGCGGACAUGGUUGCCAAAUAUCCAGAACAAACGCUUCUUCUCUGAUGCCAUGCAGAAUUUCGUGCAGGUGAAGGUGUCUACGCGGGCGCUGAAAACGAUCAAGAAGUAUGGAGGCAUCGACCAGUACGUGCUGAAGACUAAGGCGGAGUUGCUGGGCUGGGAGGGCAUGCGGAUACGUGUCAUGGUUCGUGAGCAGCUGGAGACAAACGCGCGGGCAGCCGAAAAUACUGUAGCACAGGCAUCUUCAUGA